AUGCAUUGCGGAUUAAUUUUAGAGGAUGAUUUAAACAAGACAUUAAAGAGUUUUUGGGAAGUUGAAAAUUUAGACGUAGGGUUAACGAAAAGUAAAGAAACGACCUCUUGCGAGGAACAUUUUGAGCAAACACAUUUCCGUAAUAAAGAAGGUAGAUACGUAGUAACUAUACCCCUUAAGGAAGAACCCUCGUGUUUAGGCGAGUCAAGGGAUAUUGCUCUUAAACGGCUGAAUUCUCUGUGGCAUCGGUUAUCAAAGGACCAAGAACAUUUGAGACUUUACAAAAACUUUCUUGAUGAAUACGAGAGGCUUGGUCACAUGAGUGAAGUUAAAGAUGAAGGAGAACCGGAAAGUUCCUAUUAUAUGCCACACCAUGGCGUGUAUCGUCCCGAGAAGAGUACUACGAAGCUUCGCGUAGUAUUCAACGCUUCUAGCUUGACGCAUAAUGCUACCUCAUUUAACGCUAUCCAGUAUAAUGGUGGGGUGAUACAGGAAGACUUAUUUAGCAUAAUGACUAGCUUUCGAAGGCACACAUACGCGUUUCAAGCGGAUAUAAAGAUGAUGUACAGAAUGAUUUUGGUGAACCCUAAGCAGCAUUGUCUUCAAAGAAUCCUUUGGAAGGAUCAUGCGAAUGGCCCAACAAAAGCUUAUGAAUUGAGAACUAUCACGUACGACACAGUGAGUGCUAGUUUUUUAGCAACAAGGUGUUUGAAUCAGCUAUCUCUUGACGAGGGGAUAAAUUUUCCUUUGGCAGCUCCUCUUCUACGUGACAACUUCUAUAUGGAUGAUGUGUUGUAUUCAGCACCCUCUCUGGAUGAAGCGAAGGAGACACGGCGGCAACUGAUUUCAAUUCUCGAUAAAGCCGGUUUGAGUCUACAUAAAUGGUCUGCUAGCCAUCCGGAGCUUUCGCCAAGUAAAAACGAUUAUGACUUUUCGAGCGCCGAUGAAACAAAAACUUUAGGAGUCAUUUGGCGACCAUCAGAGGACUGCUAUACCUUCAAAAUAUCAGUGGAUGAGAACAACACCUUUACCAAGCGGUCAGUUCUGUCCACCAUUGCAAAACUUUUUGAACCCCUAGGGAUAGCCGGCCCUGUCAUAGCUAAGGCCAAAAUAUUUAUGCAGAAAUUGUGGAAAUCGAACAUUGACUGGGGUGAUCCACUUCCUGCUGCAGAAUUUCAGGAGUGGAGCGAAUUUAUUUCCACGUUGAAAGGUGUGAACAACAUUAAAGUUGAUAGGUGCAUUACAAUAGAACAGUCUAAAACAAUCGAAUUUCAUGGAUUUGCUGAUGCAUCGGAGAGUUGCUAUGGAGCGGUUGUUUAUUGCAAGUCUUUCAACUCUGCAGGUGACAUAAAUGUGAAAUUAGUUGCUAGCAAAUCUAGAGUUGCCCCACUUAAAGCCCUAAGUAUCCCCAGACUGGAACUUUGUGCUGCAGUCUUGUUGUCCAAGUUAAUGAAAAAGAUACUUUCCGCAUUAAAAUUGCAAACAGACAAAGUUUACCUUUGGUCUGAUUCCAUGAUUGUACUAGCAUGGAUUCAAAAGGAGCCAACGAGUCUUAAGACAUUCGUGAAAAAUAGAAUUGCACUCAUACAAGAACUGACGCUUAAGUCCCAAUGGAAUCAUGUGCCAUCCGAGAUGAAUCCCGCGGACUUGAUAUCCCGAGGAUUGGACCCUGUGAAACUUUUAGAGACAAAAUUAUGGUGGAAAGGCCCUAAUUUCCUUUAUGACAACGAGUAUCCUAACCAAAACUUUCCUGUGUCGCAAGAACUGAGUGUCUUCCAAAGUGAACUUAAAAAGCUUUCAAGCUUAGACAUUGAAGGUCCCUUAAAAGCCUUUACAUUAACGUUUUCCAAGAAUUGCAGAAAUCCUACUGAAGGAGCUUCAGGACCUCUGAGCAAUGAGGAGAUCAACGCCUCCGAGCAGUUCCUGUUGAGAGUAAUACAGAACGAGGAAUUUGGAUCAGAAAUUCGGAGUCUCAAACUGCACGAGAAGGUGUCUCCUACGAGUAAGAUAAGAAAUUUGAACCCUCUUUUAGAUUCAAAUGGAGUUUUAAGAGUUGGAGGACGAUUAGGUAACACUGAAUUGAAUUUUCUUAAAAAACAUCCUGCAAUACUCCCUAAAAAUAGUCCUUUAACUUCUGUUAUUAUUUCGACAUAUCAUCUUAAAUAUUUGCAUAUUGGUCCAAAUGGUUUAUUAAACUGUGUAAGAGAAAAAUUUUGGCCCUUAUGUGGCCGUUCUCUAUGUAGAAGAAUUACUCAUAAUUGUGUUGUUUGUGUUAAAAAUAAACCCAUUGCUGCUACGCAAAUAAUGGGGAAUCUACCUAGAGAAAAAGUUGUGCCAGAUUUCGCAUUCAAUUGCUCUGGUGUUGACCUAACUGGUCCGUUUUCCAUUAAAUGUAAACAUCAAAGAAAAGCAAUUUCUCUAAAGAUGUAUAUUUGCUUAUUCAUAUGUUUUGUAUCUAAAGCAGUGCAUAUAGAGAUAGUUUCUGAUUUGACAUCCGAGUCUAAAUGCCACGUUGAAGAGAUUCAUCGCGCGUAG